AUGGCCACAUUUUCCUCUCCGUCUUCAUUUUUAAUCCAUCAAAACUUCCUGCAAAAACCCACCAAACCCUUCAAAACCCAUCUCCCAAACCUCAUUUUCCAGACCCCAAAACCCCAAUCCCUCCGCCUAAAACCCACCGGCGCAAGACUGAAUGCAGUAUCCGAAGCGGCUUCAGUAGCUACGGCUGACCCGUCGUCUGUAGCCGCGAGAAGAUUGUACGUCGGGAAUAUCCCGAGGACCGUCACGAAUGAAGAGCUCCAGAGAAUCGUCGACGAACAUGGCGCAGUCGAGAAGGCUGAGGUAAUGUAUGACAAGUACUCCAAGAGGAGCAGGCGCUUUGCAUUUGUCACGAUGAAGACUGUUGAGGAUGCGAGUGCUGCUCUCGAAAAGCUAAACGACACAGAAAUCGGAGGACGCAAAAUAAAAGUAAAUAUAACCGAGAAACCUCUGGCGCCUUUCGAUCAGUCAGUUCUUCAAACCGAAGAGUCUCAGUUUGUGGACAGUCCAUACAAGGUUUAUGUGGGCAAUCUCGCGAAAACCGUAACUACAGAUGCACUCAAAAGUUUCUUUGCCGAGAAAGGGAAAGUUCUCGGUGCAAAGAUAUCGAGAGUUCCCGGAACUUCAAAAUCGAGUGGCUAUGGUUUUGUCUCUUUUGGUUCGGAAGGUGAUGUUGAGGCUGCCAUAUCAUCUCUUAAUAAUGCGGUACUUGAAGGUCAAAAAAUCCGUGUUAAUAAAGCAUAG